GGUGAAGCCCUGUUCUUCAGUAACAACUCAAUAUGUGAGUUUUCUCCAAGCUAAGAAUUUCGAUUUCCUGUUAGGGUUUGGCAUUUACCAAAAUGUCUUAUGCUUCUUCCAGUACAUCUUCCAAUUCCAUAUUUAAGAAGUAUGAUGUUUUUUUGAGUUUUAGAGGUCCAGAUACUCGCAGAACCUUUGUGAGUCAUCUUUAUAACGCUCUGGAACAAAAAAAUAUACAUGCUUUCAAAGAUGAUGAGCGGUUGGAAACGGGAAAAUCAAUUCCCGAUGAACUUUUGAAAUCCAUAAAAGAGUCUAGAUUUGCUAUCGUGAUAUUUUCAAAAAGCUAUGCAUCCUCAAAAUGGUGUUUAGAGGAGCUUGCACACAUAAUUAAAUGCCGAAAAAGAUCUAACCUUAAUGUGAUUCCAAUUUUUUAUGAUGUGAGUCCAUCAGAUGUACGUCAUCAAAAACCCCCAUUCGCUAAGUCGUUUACCCAACACGAGAAAAAAUGCGAAGAUGAUAUGGAAAAGAUUGAAAGAUGGAGGAAUGCAUUUGAAGUGGCAGGGAAAAUAGCAGGACAUGAUGUAAAAAAUUAUAAGGAUGAUGCAGAUUGCAUCAAGAAACUAGUUGAUGACAUAUUUCCUAAGCUUCAAGUUAUUUCACCCUUUCAGAAAAGCUUAGUGGGUAUGAAAUCUCAAAUUGAGAAAGUAGUAUCAUUAUUAGAUAUGGAAUCAGAUGAUGUUCGUUCUAUUGGAAUUUGGGGUAUGGGCGGCAUAGGCAAGACAGAACUUGCAACUAGUCUAUAUCUAAGUUACUGUCAUCAAUUUGACGCUCAUUGUUUUCUUGGUGGUCUUGGAGCAUCGUAUCAGAAAAAUGGACAAGCAUGGUCAGAACAGGUCCUCAUUGGCAAGAUCUUGGGUGGAAAGUUGACUCUAACUAGUGAACAUGAAGGGUUGAGUGCUAUAAUGAAUAUGCUUCACCAGAAGAAAGUUUUGUUUGUUCUCGAUGAUGUAAACCAUCAAGAACAACUGGAAUAUUUAGUUGGCGAGCCAGACUGGUUUGGUAGGGGUAGCAGAGUUAUUUUAACAGCAAGAAAUAGGAACCUGUUAAUCAGUCAUGCUGGGGAUAACGUGUAUGAAGUCCAACUCUUACCUGAGAAUAACGCUUUUGAAUUGUUCAGGAGGCAUGCUUUUAGAGAAAAAUCACCAAAGAAAGAUUUUAUGGAGCUUUCAAGUCAAAUGGUGGAGUAUGCAGGUGGACUCCCUUUAGCUCUUAAAGUUUUGGGUUCCUCCUGUUAUAACCGAACCAAAGAGCAAUUCAGAGACAUAAUCGAUCGGCUGAAGAAAAUCCCUCCCAAUGAUAUUCUGGGAAAACUUAGGAUUAGUUAUGAUGGACUGGAUAAAGAUGAGAAGGCAAUAUUUCUAGAUACUUGCAGCUUGCACAAAGAUGACUCAGUAGAUUAUGUGAAACUAGUACUGAAGAGUCGUGGUAUUCAGUUGAUAGGAAUAGAUUACCUUGUCGAAAAAUCUCUGAUAUCCAUUUCAGGUUGCAGAAUUGAGAGGCAUAAUUUGAUCAGAGAAAUGGGUGAAAAUAUCCUAAGGGAAGAGUACACAAACAGCAGAAUAUGGCUUCCUGAGGAUGUUCAUGAGCUUUUUGCUGGAAAGUUGAAAACAGAAAAGUUGGAAAGCCUAUGUAUCCCAAAAGGUUACAAUUUUGAAGAUGCUCUUGUUAAUUGUAGCGAGGUAUUCAAGAGGAUGCAAAGCUUACAAGUACUCAAAGUUGAAGGUGAAACCUCUCGCUCAGAUUUUGCUAUCAGUGAUCUUCCUUCCAGCUUGCGGUUUAUUGAUAAGUUGAUAUGCUUGAAGUAUUUGGAUCUCAGCUCCAGCCUUCAGUUAACAAAAACUCCUAAUUUUGAUGAUAUGCCAAACUUGAAAACACUAAGUUUAAGGAGGUGUGAGAAUUUGGAAGAGGUUGAUUCCUCUCUUGGACUUUGCAGUAAGCUUACUUAUUUGGAUUUGAAAGGUUGUGCCAAACUUUGGAUGCAUCAAAAAUUUAUCCCCAUAGCAUCUCUUGAGUAUCUCGACCUCCGUGGCUGCACAAAUUUAAAAGAAUUUCCAAAAGUCUGUGGAGAUAUGCAGAGCUUAUUGAAACUUUCUGUAGGAUCCCCCCUGAUAAGACGCUUGCCCCAGAAUUUCAGCAGCUUGACUAAAUUACAUUUGGAAGAUUGUGAAGAUCUUGAAAGUAUGCCGGAUACUAUUCCAAAUCUUAAAGAUCUCUGUAUUUCAGGAUGCAAGAAUCUUGCAACGCUGCCAAAUAGCCUCUUUGAAUCAGAUCAAUUGGAGGAACUUGAAAUAUCAAAAUGUUCUAGAUUGGUAGACCUCCCCAUAUCUCUUGGAGUUCAUAAGAAGCUUAAACAACUCGUCAUAAGUGAUUGUGAGAACUUAAAAAAGCUUCCGAACUCCAUUCAGAUGGAAUCCCUGGAAUAUCUCCGCAUAUCUCAUUACCCAAAAUUGGAUACAUUUCCAGAAAUCAAUGGAGAUAUGCAUCGCUUAGCAGAACUGAUCGUACGAUCUACUGGGAUUAGAAAAUUGCCUAUGUCAGUCGGGAAUCUGAGCGGCCUCAUGCAUAUUGAUCUGGAAGGCUGUGAAGAUCUUGUAAGUCUACCAAACAGCCUGUGUAAUUUGGAGAAUCUUCAAUGGCUUGUUCUUUGCGGCUGCAAAAAGCUAGAGAAGCUUCCAGAGAACAUUGGUGAUCUGCAAAUGUUAGAAAAACUGGAUGCAAGUGGAACUGCAAUCUCCCAACCACCUCCCUCCAUCAGGAAGCUUCGCAAACUGGAGGAUUUAAAUUUCUCGCAGGAACAACUUCAACAUUCCUCAAGUUUGGUUUUGCAUCAAGUAUCAGGUUUAUCCUCCUUGAAACGUCUUCAUCUUGGUAAUUGCUACAUGCUGAGUGGACUUCUCGAGGAUCUUGUAUCUUUCCACUCAUUGGAAUGCCUGAAUGUUAGAGGAAGCAAUAUUUCUUGUAUACCCAAAAGCAUCAAGGAACUCUUGUGCCUUGAAAUCCUGGACGUGCAAUUAUGUAAGAAUCUUAAUGAACUGCCUGGAGAGCUACCCCCAAAUCUAGUGGAGCUAUAUGCAGAUUAUCAUUUGGCCUUGAAGAGCAUUAGAGAUCUACUUAAGUGUGUGAAGUUGUAUGAUAUCAAAAUAUCCUGGCAUGGUGUCUCAACUAACCAAGUUAAUGUGUUGAGGUUCAUACAAUAUUUUCUCAGGGCAUAUACCCAGUGUGACUUCCACCAAAGGAGAUAUUUUUGCAUUUCUUCUCCCGAAGUCAGAAUUCCGGAGUCGUUUGGUUAUCAGUUAAGAAAUCAAGAAAAUAUCUCAAUCAAUCUGAACCCGUUUUGGUAUACCAAUAAAUUCAUGGGAUUCUCCAUAUGUUGCUAUACUAAUGGAUGGCAAGAUGCUGCUAUAAUAGCUACACUGGUCUGCAAAUUUGGCCCUCGAAGAAUACAUUCCUUGAAGUGUCACAUCAAUCAAUGUCGGCUCGAUAAUUCUGCUCCUUCUCUCAUGUGGUUCUACAUACCAUUUAAAAUGUUGUGGCAUGUUUCUGAAAAUAAAGAAGGGAAGAACCCAAAUGAUUAUUGCCUAUUUGAGGUAUCUACAAUGUGUUGUAAUGAAGCAUGUUGGGGAAUUCGCCUGGAGUAUGAGAGUAAUGUUAGGAGAAGGAGAAGGCGAAGGAUACAUCGGGCGACUCAAAGUUCCAAACUCUUUCCAGUUCAGCAGAACAAUAAUGCAGUCACAACUGUAAAUGGCUGCUCGAUGGCAUUGGAACAACCAGAGCCAUCACACACUUCUAGUAGUUUGCAAUCUUCUGUUGAGCAUAACACCACAAUAGAGGUGAAUCAAGCAACAAUGGCUGUUCAAAAUGAACAUGAAUCUCAGAAUGUUGAGCUGGAUAGAGUUUGUGAUAGCUCAUCAAGGGAAAUGGGUGAUGCUUCAAGAAAGAGAAAGAGAAAGAGACAGAGACAGAGAAACAAAAACAAAAAGGGUAAAACAACCUCAAAUUAUCCAACUCUUCUCGAUUCAACAGCAGGGACAAUGAAAUUAGCUGCUCUCAUCUCACCAACUAGCAUGCAUGAUUUUGAUUGCAAAAAGGGUUAUCCAAAGAAGCAUCUACCCGAUUGAACUUUAGAAACAAAGAAGAUGUAAUGGAGCAACUACUCAACAUCAAAGCCAAGUUCUAGAAGCUAUCCAAGAAGUUUCUGUGGUCUGGUAGGCCUGAAAAAUCAAAGACUGCUUUGAUCUCUUGGGAAAGAUUGUGCGGUCCACAAGCUUCUGGUUGUCUGGGGUUGGUUGAUGUAUCAGCUGGAAUAGGACUGCUAAUUGCAAACAUCUUUGGAGCUUGUAUUUGAGGAAAGAUAAGCUGUGGAUUCAGUGGGUUCACAGCUAUUAUAUACCUGAUGGGAACUGUUUGGGAUGCACAGUCUAUUCAUGCUUCAUGGAUGAUCAAAAAGAUUUUAGGCUCUAAACAAACCUUUGAGGCAACUGGCCUGGCGAUGAGGAGCAGGAUCUUCAUCAAAUGAGUAAAUUCAGUGCUAAUGCUGUAUACCAGAAACUCAGAGGUGACAUACCAAAGGUAGAGUGGAGAAGACUGAUUUGCAUUAAUCAUGGCUCGCCAAAGAUAGGAUUGCUCAAUGGUCAGUUUUAAUUGAUCUUUCAUGUCCCUUAUGCUGCUCAACUGAUGAGUCUCUGAAUCACAUGUUUUUCACCUGUGCCUAUUCAACUGCUGUGUGGGAGAAGCAACUAGCUUGGCAAGGCAUUGUGAGAAGAUCCAUGGAAUGGAAGAAGUCAUUUGGGCUACUAGAAAGGCAAAGGGCAAGUCAUUGAAUGCUAUCCUCUGCAGGAUAAUUCUUGCAUAUAUCCUGUACUUUGUAUGGCAAGAGAGGAACCUUAGGCUCUUCGAGCAGAAACGGAGAGAACCAGGGGUGUUGUUGAGGCAAAUUACACAGGAAGUUCAUAGCAGAGGAUCAAUUCUUCCUAGUGCAUAGUAGACUGGAUGAACUUAGUUACUAUCCAUAGUGGCCUGUUAAUAGUCAUAGAUGUAUAGAUGCUUUGUUUUGAUUAUUGGUUGCAGUUCUGGGACUUGUCCAUUACUGCAUUUUUUUUUCUGAGCUGUAAAUGAUCACUUUGGUAAAUAAUCAGUUAGUGAUCAAAAAAGAAUCUGAAUAACUUCAAAUAA